AUGCAUAUAUCGGAUUAUAAGGAUUUGGUCAGUACUUUGGCUGUAAUAACUACUGUUCUACAGUUUCUAUCGGGCGUGCCGGUUUGUAAGAAGUAUGUUAAUAAUAAAACAACGGCCGAGGCUUCCCCGCUACCUUUUAUUUGCGGGAUUUUGUCGUGCUUCCUUUGGCUACUCUAUGGACUUGUUAAAAAAGAUAAUGUUAUAUUAUUAGUCAACAUGAUAGGAAUAACAUUAAUGAUAGCUUAUACAAUAGUAUUUUAUAUUUAUAGUUUUAAGAAGUCUACGGUUUUAAAAUUACUUCUACUUACUUUUCUGUGUAUGACAAUCAUGAUUGUUUAUGUUAAUAUGGAAGAGGAUUAUGACCUACUUCGAGGUAGACUGGGGAUAAUGGCCUGCUUCUUCACAUUAAUCACUAUAGUAGCCCCAAUGAGCAAGUUACUGCACGUUUGUAGGGUCAAAAGCACUGAAUGUCUGCCAUACCCAAUGAUAUUGAUGUCUUUCUUCGUUUCAGCACUAUGGGGCCUCUAUGGUUUGAUAAUAGAGGAUGAUUAUUUAUUGAGACCGAAUUUUGUUGGCACCAUAUUAGCCAUGUCACAGCUGUCGUUGUUUGUGAUAUAUCCAAACAAAGCGUCUUCGCCAAUUUCAGCAAAAAGUGUGAUAGCUUGA